UCUCAGAUUCUUUACAGGAAAUUAAUGUAAUCGUCACAGUGGCAAGUUGGCAUUUAUUUCCUACAGCUGAAGGCUAGAAUUGCACUGCUUUGAAUAGUAGCAUGCCAGUCUAUGUGUGACUUGAUCUGGCCAUAGGACAGAGAGCAUCAGGGGACUUGGCAGAGACGGGUUAAGCUGCAUUGUGUCUGCUGCUUGUGAGCAAAACAUAGCUGUCAUUGACUCAUUGGCACAGACAUGGCAAGUGAAGGCUCUAGUGGUUUGCAAGUUCUGCUUUCUACUUUACAGGACUCAUGCGAAAAAGAUGUAACCCUGAAUAUCCUGAGUGUAUUAAGUGAAUUGCUGUCUGCUGGAACUCACCGCAGGAUUCACUACAUGAUAUCCAAGGGUGGUAGUGAAGCCCUUCUUCAAACCCUGGUAAAUUUUGCAAGAUCAGAAACCCUUGAAUAUAGUCUCAUAUUACCCCUUCUUCACCUGAUGGUCAAGGUAGGCCAAAGAGAUGAAAAGUUUGGAGAAAAAGCACAGAAACUUGAAGCAACCGAUGUUACUCUUAGUCUAAUAAGAAGAAAUCUGAUGCGGUCAGAUAACGUUACCCCCUGUCUCUACGCUAUUCAAAUAUAUGCUUCUGAUGUUUCGGUAGGAGAGAUGCUGGGCAUAAAUGGUGCCAUGGAGCUGCUUUUGAAAAUCAUCACCCCUUAUUCCAGGAGGCACACACACUCAAUAAAGGCCGCUGUCGGAGCGCUCGCAGCUCUACUCAAAUCAAAAUCAAAUGUCAGAAGAGCUGUGAACCGGGGAUAUGUUUGUUCCCUGUUGCAGUUUUACCAAGACUGGCACAGCAAUGACUCCGCCAACCACUACAUCCCCAUUCGUAGAGGCCUACUGAGGUGUCUUAAACAUAUCACCAAUGUUCGUUCUGGAACGGAAGCAUUUCAUCAAGCCAAUGGGAUGGAAAUACUGUUCACUACAGCACAGGAAUGUCUGCAUUGCAGAAGCUUGGACCCAUUAGUCAGUGCUGCAGUCCAGGUUUUGAGAAAGUGCUGUCCAAGAUGUAGUCUUCCACUAACUUCUAUAUCUAGCUCCUACGCAUAUCUUAUCCCUGGAACAAAUACACCAAUGGCAACACAAAUUUGCUCCCAAGAAGAUGAAUCUGAGGAUGAUGAUGAAUAUAUGAAUACAAACCCUGCGAAUGAUGAAAACACGGAAGAAGAUGAAGAUUUGGAGACAGACUUGAAGAAACUGAAAUCACAGCCUCCACCUGACCGACCAGUUGAAGAAUUUGAGCAGUACAAGGCAUUCUUUUCAGAACUUUCAGAACUAAGAGACUUCAAGGCCAAUGCAUCUAAUGUGGAGGAAGUCCUGAACAGCACAGAGAAUAUGUCCAGUGUUUACAAAGAAAACAUUCCAUCCACUGAGAGAUGUAUGGAUGAUCGGUAUAAACCAGUGGAUCGACCUACUCCUGGAGGCACGUUCUUACCCAAGACACAUGAGGAACAAAUUAUAUCAAAGUCCAUUUCCAGCAGACCACCACUCUUGGAUACUGUGUCAAUAAAUAAACAAGAGCAAAUAAGCAUGGAAAAUAAGCUAAGAAAUCCUUCAAGUUUGUGUUCUUUGAAAACGGCUUGUGAGGAACCCAGUUCUUUUCCAAAAAAAUGUAUCAAGACCAUUAAAGUGAAACACAGCGAUGAUGCUGAUGAAUCUGAAAAUCACAAGGUUGUGAAAAAGCUUUUUGAACAGCACAAAGGAAAUAUCCCUUUUCAUGACCCUCACGUUUACCUGUCUGUAGCUGAAAAUACUAAAUCUGUUCCUGAUUAUAAAGUAUUGGCAUUUCCAGACUUUUGGGGCCACUGCUAUCCUCCAUUCUCUCAAAGACUUGCAGAAAAGAAGUUUGGAUCGCAGAGGGACAAAAUCUUUGAAGACAUUCAGAGGUUUUUAAGGCCAAGAGAGCUCCUUAAUCGAGUUGUGUUUGACUUGGAUAACCCAAGUGUUGCAGAAGGCUCCGAAAAGAUCAAUUGCCUUAAGUUUUUUUCCAAGUUUGAAUCCGGAAAUCUUAGAAAAGUAAUACAAGUGCGUGAGUUUGAAUAUGACUUGAUCAUGAAUGCGGAUGUUAACACUGACCAACACCACCAGUGGUUCUAUUUUGAAGUUAGCGCAAUGCGAGCUAAUGUCCCUUAUCGCUUCAAUGUCAUUAACUGUGAAAAGGUGAACAGCCAAUUUAAUUAUGGUAUGCAACCUGUUAUAUAUUCAGUGAAAGAAGCUCUCCAGGGAAAGACAUAUUGGAUGAGGACUGGGUCCAACAUUUGUUAUUAUAAAAAUCUGUUUCGUUACCGAGCAUCAGAUUCAAAGAAGAGAAGAAAAUAUUAUACGCUGACAUUCACUGUGAAAUUCCCACACUAUGGUGAUGUCUGUUACUUGGCAUAUCAUUACCCUUAUACCUACUCUGCUCUCAUGUCCCACUUACAGAUUUUAGAGAAAAGAUGCAAUACAGAAAAAGUAUAUUUCAAGAAACAGACAUUGUGCCAUACGUUGGGAGGAAAUCCUUGUCCCGUUGUCACUAUAACCGCCAUGCCAAAAUCAAGCUCUCAGAGUCACAUGGAAGAGAUAUGCAGUCGUCAGUAUAUGGUGCUAACUGCUCGUGUACACCCAGGGGAGAGCAAUGCCAGCUGGGUGAUGAAGGGGACAUUAGAAUUUCUCACAAGCAAUGACCCUAUUGCACAGAUCCUUAGAGAAAUGUUUAUCUUCAAGAUUGUUCCAAUGCUUAACCCAGAUGGUGUCAUCAAUGGAAACCACAGGUGUUCUCUAAAUGGUGAAGAUUUAAACAGACAAUGGUUAUCCCCAAAGAGCAAUCUCCAACCAACUAUUUAUCAUGUAAAAGGUCUAUUGUACUACCUGAACAGCAUUGGUAGAACAUCACUGGUUUUCUGUGAUUAUCAUGGCCAUUCGCAAAGAAAGAAUGUGUUUUUCUAUGGAUGCAGUAUAAAGGAGACCUUAUGGCAAGCUGGUUGUGUAGUGGAUUCAUCUGUCCUCAUGGAGGAUGUUGGAUACAGGACUUUACCCAAAAUUCUGGAUAAGAUCGCUCCUGCUUUCUCAAUGUCACACAGCAACUUUUUAGUAGAAAAGGCAAGAGCAUCAACAGCCCGUGUUGUGGUAUGGCAUGACAUGCGUGUUUUAAGAAGCUACACCAUGGAGAGCACCUACUGUGGAUUCAAUCAAGGGCCAUACAAGGGUUUACAGGUUGGAACAAAAGAGUUAGAAGAAAUGGGGGCAAAGUUUUGCCUUGGACUGGUAAUUCUUCAAUCCAAAUCAUUUUAUAGUGGAACUCUGCAUCCACAAGUCGAGGCGUUGCUUGAGGCUGAGAGAGAAAGUGCUGAUCAUCACAAAACCAGCAGUACGGAAACAGAUGACGAACCGCCAUGCGAGGAAGAGAUUGACUACAAUACCGAUAGCUGCUCCGACCAAGAGGUAUUGGAGAUGGAUGCCCAAUCUGAAGAUAAACCUUCCGAGCAAGACCAUGGGGCAAGAAAAGGCCAAUCCCCAACAUCAAAUAUGAAGGAGGAGGCUUUUUCCACCAAGUAUAAUGGUUCUACAAGAAAGUCCUUGACAAUGUCCUCAAAACAAUAUGGCUGCUCUCCAGAGGCAUCUUCUCCUCUACAUGAGCAGAGUUUUGAGAACUCCAGCAAAUCUCAAAUGGGUCAUUACCUGUAUUAACAUGUAGGGGAUGUUAUGUGUUUGGACUAAUGUGACAUAAAGGAAUUGUGUUGUUUGUUUUGUUUUUAUGAAAAUAUUAUUAAAAAGAUGCAUUGUACUCUGUAUGUUCUGAUAGGUUUGGGGACACAUAUGGAGACAUGAAAAAAAGGAAAGUCAGUAUUUUAUAGUAUGUCAGAGAUAUAUAUGGAAACCCACAAGUCCAUAAAUAGGGCUAAAGAAAGGGUCUUUGGUUGUAAUACCUACAUAAGAAAGUAAUACAUUUAC